AUUGUUUCAGCAAAGUCUGAGCAGUGCAAUGUGUUGUAAGACAAUAAAACAAUUCAGAGCAUUUGUUCUAACGAUUAUUCAGCCAUGGCUUCUUCAAAGCCAUACAUUGGCUGUAGAAUAGGGUUAAUUUCAAAGGCCCAAAAUCGUUACGAGGGGAUUUUGUACACAAUUGACAAAAAUAAUUCCACAGUUGUGCUGGCAAAAGUAAAGUGUUUUGGAACUGAGGGGCGUCCUACUGAAAGACCAACACCCCCCAAAGAUGAUGUCUACGAGUACAUAACUUUCCGUGGAAGUGACAUCAAGGAUAUCGCACUCUGUGAAUCUCCAAGGUCUUAUCAUGGCCUACCCCCAGAUCCAGCAAUCAUACAAUCAUCCAGUUCAAGCUCGGGCAUAUAUCCAAGUCUUGGACUGUUUAGUCCCAUAGGGAUGCCUGUUUAUAAUCACCUUGCUGCCAGCUCCCUUCUUAGCCAGCAGUAUGCUGCUGCUCUUGGACUGGACCUGCAUUUCAGACGGGGCCCCAUGGUAGAGAAGGCUGUUCAAACCAUCCAAGUAGAAAGACGAAGAGGUUUGACUACUUCCCAGGAAAGACAGUGGAAUAAGAAGAGGCCCCCAAGGACCAGGAGAGUGAACUCCCAGCCUCAAAAGGAGCCCACUACCAGGAGUUCAGGCUCUGGUGUGACUUCUAAUCGAUCAGAAGCACAGCGGCAGAAGACUGACCGUCCACUGGCCAGAAGAAGGCAAGCAUCUCGACAUCGGAGUGGUAGUGGACAGCUGAUGAUGGCUAACGUUCCAUCGCCUAUUCUCAAAUUUGAUACAGACUUUGACUUUGCUUCAUCCAAUGCACAGUUUAUCAAAGAGGAGCUCGAGAGGGAGGUGCAAGAAAGAAGGAACCUAAAAGAUGAAGACAUUAAGAAGGCAAAAGCGAGGAUGCACGCAUUGCUGGACAAUGACAGUUUUAGCCCGAAAUGUUACUAUGACAAAGCAAAGUCUUUUUUUGACAAUGUCUCCUGUGAUAAUGGGCUUAGUUUCAGAUUAACAUGGGCUGAGGAACGGAAGCGCAAUUUGGAGACUUUUGGAGUCAGUGGCCGGUUCGUAAGAGGUCGAGGCUUAAGAGGUAGAUUUACUGGACGCAGAGGACGAGGAGCUGCUCAGAUUCUAUCUUUAGACAGGAUCCAGACAGGAUGGGUGUGAAGACCACAGAAAACUUAAUCUGGAUCUUUUUUUUUUUUUUUUUUGUCCAUUUCCUCAUUGUGUUGAACUUAACUGCCAAGAAACAUUUUUCUUUUUUUUUUUUUUUUUUUUUUUCUUUCGGCUUGUUUUGUUGACUGUAUAAGACAUCUUGUUUAUAUGGAUAAAGUAAUUUUGUUCUGAUUGACGUACUCAACAUUUGAAGUGUUCAACUGAUUUUUGUCAUGGUUUGAAGUCUUAAUUUGAGCACUUGUAUAAUUGUCAAAUACUGUAAAUACAAUGAAGUUAAAUCUGUAUUCAAA